AUGGAUAGUGUUACUGACAAUGGUAGGCAGUUCACAGAUAGAAAAAUAGCCUCCUUCUUAUCCAAUCUGAAUAUAAAACACCACUUUUCCUCGGUCGAGCACCCACAAACUAAUGGGCUCACCGAAACAGCUAACAAGGUCAUUUUGCAGGCACUUAAGAAAAAGGUAAUGUUAGCAAAGGGAGAAUGGGCCGAGCUAGUACCUGAGAUACUUUGGGGAUACAAUACUACCCCGCAAAGAUCGACGAACGAAACACCUUUCAAAUUGAUUUUCGGAUCCGACGCCAUGAUCCCAGUGGAAAUAUCCCAAGGAUCUAUAAGGACAAACUACUUCGAGGAUGCCGCGAACAACCAAAUAAGACAGGUUGAGUUGGACACGUUAGAAGAAGUAAGGGACGAGGCAAGGAUCAGAAGCGAAACAAUGCAACAAAUAAUACGGAACAAAUACAACAAAAAGUUCAGACCACGGACAUUACAACAAAGAGACCUAGUCCUAAGAUGUCUAGAAGAUGUUCAGAAACCACCAGGACAGGGAAAGCUCGCUAUUAACUGGGAAGGCCCCUUCCGAAUUGCCAAAGUACAUGGCCGAGGAUUGUACUCGCUCCAAACGCUAGAAGGAGCCAACCUGCCAAACACAAGGAACAUUUUUUCAUUACGACUUUAUUGUACCUAG